AUGGCUCCCUCCGCCACCAACACGAAAUGGGACCAUGAAUACAAUACGCUGCGGCGAGAAAAUCUUUUCAAAAACCCUCCCAAGGAUCACACCGCCUACCCUGCGCUCCAGGCAGCCGUGAGCCCACACAUCGAGUCCUUCAAUGCCCUGUUCCGCAACGAUGGCAAGCCGAGUUUGCUCGAUCACGGCCUGGCCGAUAUUGGCACCAAGACAUUUCUCGACGGCGACGAUCGGACGCCUCAAGGCCAGAGGAAUAAAUUGACCAUCCGCUACAAGGGCGUAAGCCUUCAAAAGUCACAACUGCCGCCUUCCAAUAAGUACGCCAAAACCCGGGAGAUCUUCCCUGCCGAGUGCAGAGAACGGCACGUCACCUAUCGUGGCAAGCUCUCCGCCACCUUCGAGUUCCGCAUCAAUGAUGGCGAUGCCAAGGAGUUCACACGCGAUCUGGGACAGAUGCCCAUAAUGGUCAAGUCAAACCGGUGUCAUCUCGAGGGCAACUCGCCCGAUCUGCUGGUGAAGAGGAAAGAAGAGUCCGAAGAACUAGGCGGCUACUUCAUCGUCAACGGUAUCGAGAAGAUCAUUCGACUGCUCCAGGUCAACCGACGAAAUUUCCCAAUGCCAUCUACCGACCCAGCUUCGCCAACCCGUGGCGCCGGCUACAGCCCUCACGGCAUUCAUUCCUUCGCUCAGUUAGGCCCGACGAAACCUUUCUCAACCAACGUCAUGAUGAUCCUCAAGGCCCUCGUCGAGACGAACGACCGCGAAAUCUUUGAGGGGUUGAUUGGUUCCAAGGGCUCCAAGUCUGCCCAGAACACAUUUUUGACCGACCGCGUCGAGCUCUUGUUGCGUACCUACACCAGCUACGGCCUCUACACAAAGACAGAGACUCGAGCGUAUCUUGGUGAAAAGUUCCGCGUUGUCUUGGGCGUUCCCGAUACUAUGUCCCACUACGAUGUUGGUACCGAGUUCUUGAAAAGGAUCGUGCUCGUACAUCUAGGAAAUGUCGACGUCACGGAACAACAAGACAGCGACAAAUUCAAGAUGCUGCUGUUCAUGAUCCGCAAGUUGUAUGCACUCGUUGCUGGCGAGUGCUCGGUGGACAACCCUGAUGCCAUCCAGAACCAGGAGGUUCUUCUCGGCGGCUUCCUCUACGGCAUGAUCUUGAAGGAGCGCCUCGACGAAUUCCUCUCCACGGCUGUCCGCGCAUCGCUGCGCGAUUACCACAGGAAAUUCCCCGCCAAGACGUUUACUUCUCAGGAUUUCCAAAAGGAUUUCCCUGCCACCAUCUUCCGACUCGCGAACGAGAGCCUUGGCUCUGGCCUCGAAUACUUCAUGUCGACCGGUAAUCUCACUAGCCCGUCUGGUCUCGAUCUCCAGCAGACCGCCGGCUACACCGUUGUGGCCGAGAAGCUCAACUUCCUGCGUUUCAUCAGUCACUUCCGGAUGAUUCAUCGUGGUGCUUUCUUCGCGGAACUCAAGACCACAACGGUCCGAAAGCUUCUGCCCGAAUCUUGGGGUUUCUUGUGUCCGGUGCACACCCCCGAUGGUUCUCCUUGCGGUCUGCUGAAUCAUCUUGCCCACAAGUGUAGAAUCAUGACGGAUCCCGUUGACACAUCAACUCUACCUGCCUUGGUAGCUGAAAUGGGAGCCGUGAGCACGUCCAGUGCCGCCACCGACGAGAGUGUUGUUGUCAUGCUCGACGGUCGCGUGCUGGGCUUCUCUACGCCCCAGGAGUCUAUUCGCAUCGCCGACACGCUGCGGUACUGGAAGGUCGAGGGUACACACGGCGUGCCCUUGGAGCUCGAGAUCGGCUACGUGCCUCCUUCCAACGGAGGCUCCUACCCCGGCCUGUACAUUGCAUCCAAGGCGGCCCGCAUGGUCAGGCCUGUCAAAUACCUCCCCCUCCAGAAACAAGAUUAUGUCGGGCCCCAUGAGCAGCCGUACAUGUCCAUCGCCGUCGUGGAAAAGGAGAUCAUCUCCGGCGAGUCCACGCACGUCGAAUUUGACCCGACCAAUAUGCUGUCCAUUCUGGCCAACAUGACACCCUUCUCUGACUUUAACCAAUCUCCUCGAAACAUGUACCAGUGCCAGAUGGGCAAGCAGACGAUGGGCACACCGGCGACGGCUCUGGCACACCGAACUGACAACAAGCUCUACCGCAUCCAGACCGGACAGACGCCUGUUGUCAGGUCGCCACUGCAUAAUGAGUACGGCUUUGACAAUUUCCCCAACGGAAUGAACUCGGUUGUUGCCGUCAUUUCGUACACCGGCUACGACAUGGACGAUGCCAUGAUUCUGAACAAGUCUUCACACGAGCGCGGAUUCGGACACGGUACCAUCUACAAGGUGAAAAAGGUUUCACUCAAGGAUGACUCAAGAAGUCGUACUGCCAAGCAAGUCACCAAGCUGUUCGGUUUCGCCCCCAACAGCUUCGUCAAGGGCGAGUACCGCAGCAUGCUCGACGAAGACGGGCUUCCGUACGUCGGCCGCAUGGUCCAGGAGGGAGACAUUCUUUGCGCCUAUCACACCGUCACCGCAGACUUCAACGGCAAUCUGACCAACCUCGACGGCCAGACGCAAUACGAGAAGUACAAGGAGUCGGAACAGGCGUUCAUUGAGGAGGUGCGCAUCAUCGGCAGCGAGAACGGCAAUGAGCCGGCGCAGACUGUAUCGAUCAAGCUCCGCGUUCCUCGUGCCCCCGUCAUCGGUGACAAGUUCUCUUCUCGUCACGGACAAAAGGGUGUCGCCUCGCAAAAGUGGCCUGCCACUGACAUGCCCUUCACUGAAUCUGGCAUGCAGCCUGACACCAUUAUCAACCCGCACGCCUUCCCCUCGCGCAUGACUAUCGGCAUGUUCGUGGAGUCGCUAGCGGGCAAGGCGGGCGCGCUACACGGCCUGGCACAGGACUCGACGCCGUUCAAGUUCAACGAGGAGAACACGGCGGCCGACUACUUUGGGCAUCAGCUGAUGAAGGCGGGCUACAACUACCACGGAAACGAGCCCAUGUACUCGGGCAUCACAGGAGAAGAGCUUUCGGCCGACAUUUAUAUUGGUGUCGUGUACUACCAGCGACUGCGUCACAUGGUGAACGACAAGUACCAGGUACGAACGACGGGUCCCGUGGUGCCGACCACCGGGCAGCCUAUCAAGGGCAGGAAGAAGGGUGGUGGUAUCCGUGUCGGUGAGAUGGAGCGCGACGCCCUGCUGGCGCACGGCACAGCGUUCCUCCUGCAGGAUCGUCUGCUCAACUGCUCGGAUUACACCAAGUCCUGGAUUUGUCGGUCGUGUGGCUCGUUCCUCUCGGUGCAACCAACCGUGUCGCCGUUCGUCGGUAAGAAGAAGCAGAUCAGCACGGUGCGGUGUCGCAGCUGCGCCAAACGGCUCGACGAGACCGACCUCGAGGGCGACAGCAUCGAAGGCGAGAUUUGGGAGGACGGUCAGGGCAACCAGUGGGUGGGCGGCGACAACACGACCGUUGUAGUCGUGCCGGGCGCGCUCAAGUACCUCGACGUCGAGCUGGCGGCCAUGGGUGUCAAGCUCAAGUAUCGCGUGGACCAACGGGAUGCGCCGAGAAAGGGGGCGCUGAAACCGAUGAAGGCAUUGGAUGGCGUUUUGGGCAAGGCGUAA